AUGGCAAACGACGGUAACGGCGACAACAACAAUGACCCAUUACGCCAAUACUUGAUUAUCCCAAGAAUCAACCAACCACCGUCUCUGUUUCCUUUACCGGAACACAAUGACGUCACGAUUCCGAUGCCAAUGACUCCUUCUCAGUUCAAAAACCAAUUAAUCUUUGGUCCGUUCCCUCGUCCUCAAAAAAACUCAUCUCUUCCCGUCGACGUGCCUUCUCAAAACCCUUCUCCUUCAUCCUCUGCCACAACUUCCUUCUCCGAUUCAACAGACCUUCUCCUCCCACCUUCCGAGCCUAAUGUAGUACCGGUGCGGAAACCUAAACCGACUCACCAAUUCCACCGGUCUAAAACAGCUCCGGCUAUGGCUGCAAUCAACGAUCUUUCUCACCCAAAUGAUCAGAAAACAGAGCAAUCUGAUUCAAAAACAAUUGUAAGACAAGCUGUUGCUUUGCUUGUUGUGUAUCUUUCCUUAGGUGUUCUUAUCUAUUGGCUGAAUAGAGAUAACUACAAUGUGAGUAAGACUCAUCCUGUUGUUGAUGCUUUGUACUUUUGUAUUGUUACAAUGUGUACAAUUGGGUAUGGAGAUAUCACGCCGGAUAGUAUGGUGACGAAGCUGUUUUCGAUCUUGUUCGUGCUUGUUGGGUUUGGUUUUAUGGAUAUAUUGCUUAGUGGAAUGGUUACUUAUGUUCUUGAUCUUCAAGAAAACUAUAUGUUAGAAGCUGCGAGGAAUGAAAGCUUGGAUGACAGGGAGAAAGCAAGAUCGUAUAUAAUCGAUAUCAAGAAAGGGAGGAUGAGGAUUAGGUUGAAAGUUGGGUUGGCAUUAGGUGUUGUAGUGUUAUGCCUUGGAUUUGGAGUUUUGAUUAUGCAUUUUGUCGAAAAAAUCGGGUGGUUAGAUUCGUUUUAUUUCUCGGUUAUGUCGGUUACUACAGUUGGGUACGGUGAUCGGGCUUUUAAUACAUUACAUGGUAGGCUUCUUGCUGCGAUUUGGUUGCUUGUGUCUACUUUAGCUGUUGCUCGAGCGUUUUUGUAUUUGGCUGAAGCAAGAGUUGAUAAGAGGAAUAGAGAGAGGGCCAAGAAAGUGAUUGGUGAAAACAUGUCUAUCUCUCAGUUCUUUGCUGCGGAUAUCGACCACAAUGGCUGUGUUAGUAAAGCAGAGUAUGUGAUAUACAAGUUAAAGAAGAUGGAAAAAAUAACGGAUAAGGACAUUAACCCGAUUGGUAACCAGUUUGACAAGCUUGACAGAACCAAUAGUGGAAGGAUUACUCUAUUAGAUCUCUUGGAAACCAGCACUAAUGACUUAGCCACUGCAACUUCUGUUUAAGAAACACCACAUUACAACAUAUGAUUCAAAAAUUACAAUGAAAAGUCCACUGCAACUUCUGUUUUACAUCUUGUGUGUCUUGCCCUUUUCUUAUAAUAGAUUUGUGUCACCUUUUCUUCCAAGAUGAUG